UUACAGUCGUCAGACCACACCCAGCAGUUCGCCGACAUGCGUCCCUCUCAGCAACUGGUCUGCCUUCUGGCGGUCGCACUGACUGCCGUAGCGGCUGCAACGAUUACUUCCAAAGAUGCAAGCGGGCAGCUCUCAGCAAUCGCAGCUCAGCGUAUGAUCGACCAACGGUCUCUGGACAAGGCUACACUUCUCCAAUGUGACCAGGGCAAACAGCAUCUGCUUCCGGGUGUGUACUACAUGCAGUCGCCAAACUAUAAACAAGACGAUCCUGGCAAUUACACCAAUGACUACUCCUGCAACUACGACCUGACAGCGGCGGACGACAAUGGCAUACUGCGCUUCGACUGUUUCUUUUUUCAAUUGGAAGAUAGCGACGCGGGCUGUAGCAAAGACAGCUUUGGAAUUUAUACCGAGGAUAUACUUGAAGUAUUUUGUGGAACCGAUUCACCAAAAACGAGGUUUGUCAAAAGCAUUGGUGUUCAUUUCAAAACGGACGCAUCUGUUACCGACAAAGGUUUCUUCUGCACGGUGAUGUCCAAAGAGGCGGUGGCCGGCUGCGACAGCCUUCCUUGCGGCAAACGUUACCUUGCACCGGGAACGUACAGCCUCCUCAGUCAGAACUAUCCCGACAACUACGGAACCAACAUCUACUGCAAGUGGGAGCUGGUAGCCAGCGAUCCGUCAAACACAGUGGACUUCAGCUGCAGCAGCUUUGACAUGAUCUCCUGGGACAACUCCUGCGAGUGGGACUGGAUGAAGGUCGACGGCGUCCGCCACUGCAACAACAACAAGCCUGCUCCGCAGCAGUUCACAGGCGGGGUCACCGUGGAGUACUCCACCCCAGACUUGCCUCACAAAACAAGAAAGGGAUUCAAAUGCACUGUUACGGUAAACUAAAGCCGAAAUCAACACACAAUUUCGGGAUGAUCCCAUAAAGAAAAUGACAUGACUAUGCAGAUGUUAAAUGUGUGGUUUAAUUAUUUUGGCAUUGGUUCCAUUCGGAUUUCGAAAAAUUUUGCAUUGCAUUAUUUUUUCAGUUCUGAUAAUAAAUUGAGUGACGGGCAGA